CUCCGUGACAACACCUAGUGCACAGCUCCUCCGUCCCCUGUAACUGACUGCAGGAGAUAUUGAUUCCCUCACAUUUCCAACAGUCAGCAGAGAGAACUUUCCAGGAGUUACAACAUUCGAAACUUUGUGACGUUCCCAGGAUUUCUGUACCGUGUUUGUUAAUUGAACGUCUUUGUUUUCUAACGUUAUUCUUACCCGUGUGUCUUGGAUAUCAACACAGAGAGAAUAAGAUCCAUGUACCAUGCAUAAUACAGCAGAGACGUCCCUAGAUGGGGAUAGUUUUACCUGGCCCACCCACAGCGUAGGAAGCACACAAUACACCAACACUGAUGUCAACGCGAUUAGUAAAGUCAACGAUACCUACGACAUCAACGACUACUAUGAUUACGACUAUGAUGUAGCGGUAACAUCACUGCCGCUGGAGGAGCUCAUCCCAGUAUCCCUGGCUUACAGCAUUACAUUGGUGUUUGGACUAUGUGGCAACUUCCUUGUGAUAUUUGCUGUGUGCAGGUACAAGAGUCUCCGGAGCAUCACGAACGCCUUCCUCACCAGCCUUGCCUCAGCUGACCUGCUGCUCGUGCUCAUCUGUGUUCCCGUCAAGUGCGCUGCCUUCUUUACAUUCACGUGGUCAUUUGGCGCCUUCCUGUGCAAGUUCGUCCACUACAUGCAGACGGUGUCCAUGAUCUGCUCCGUCAUGACACUUACUGUCAUGAGCAUCGAAAGGUUUAUUGCAAUAUUGAUGCCCCUGAGAGCAAAAUAUAUCUGCACGAGUGCACACGCACGUGUUGUCAUUUUCUUCACUUGGGUUGUGUCUUUCUCCAUGGCUACCCCAGUUUUAGUUAUACAGACCCACCAGGAAGUGGGAGGGGUACGGAAAGCCUACUGGUGUGUCAAGAAGUAUGGUGACCCGAGUCUGGCCAUCUUGUUUGAGUCCUACAUGUUCGUCAUUAUCUUCGUGGUACCAGUACUGGUGAUGGUGGUCGCCUACACGGGGAUCUGCUGUGAGUUGUCGCGUGUGUCAGGCACCAGACUGGCCCUCGGGGUUACGCAAGGCGGCAGUCACACAUCACAUGAAAGAACGCCAAUGGUCCGCCAGACAAGCGGGUGUGUUGCUCCCAUAUACAGACAUCCCAACCAGGUGUUUAAAGAACCAAGGGAAAAGAAGUCGCGACUGGAUGAAGAUAAAUGUAAAGUGAUUCAGAUGUUGAUUGUCGUGGUUGUGCUGUUUAUCAUCUGCUGGGGGCCUAUCCUAAUCAACAAUCUCCUGGUAUCCACGGGGGUACUGCCCCAGCUCCACAUCGGCUACCUCAAACCUAUGAGGCAGGCCUUCUUCCUCAUGUCGUAUAUGAACAGCUGCACCAACCCUGUGGUGUAUGGUUUCAUGUCGAAGAACUUCAGAAAGAGUUUCAAACAUGCCAUACUGUGUUGCUUCCGAACAAGGAACAGAAAGAGGGAGUUCGAGCAUUCCUUUGCCACCAGAACCACCAUGGUGGACAACUGUAGCCAUCAACUUGACAAGAUCGAGGCUGGGAGUUACAGAUCUACUCCAGCAACGCAGUAUAGACAUCUUCAGCCACAGACGAGUCACAGGUUCAACACCAGGAUAUAACACAUAGUCAGCUUCUAUACAGGGCAUUGUUUGUUCACAUACUCGGACUCGUGUAUAAUGGGUUAAAAAACUGUUCCUACUUCUGUCAGAAAAAACGGUUGAAGUGUUUUACAACAGACUCGCUUGAGCCCUUUCUGUGUUAUGCUUGUGAAUAUAAUUCUGCAUGUACAAAGGUGAUAGUAAAACGACCCUAGCGUUGUGAUAUGUGCAUUAGAUUCAUAAAUUUUACCUAGUAAUAUGUAUCAUUACUUUACUGUGUAAAGUA